AUGACCACCAUCAAUAACAAUAUCGCCACUGAUUCUGGGCACAAUACUAUCGAUCCUCGCUCCUAUGACGAUCUCUUGGCAGUCGCCGCUUUCAUCAGGUCCCAGCUUGGUGACAGGGCUCAUGCUGAAGUGGGCAUCAUUUGUGGAUCCGGGCUGGGACCUAUUGCCGAACUUGUUGAGAAUCCCGCUAUUUUACCCUAUGAGAAAAUACCUGGAUUUCGCGCAGCCGAAGGUGAGUGUUGCCUGUUUUCACCGUCUGAUUGA